CUUCGCAUCCACAGCCGUUUGAUUCAAGAUGGCUUCCACCUUGAGACUCGGAACCUCUGCCCUUCGCUCUACCUCCAUCGCCUCGAAGCCGGCUGUGCAGUCCGCUGCCUUGAAUGGCUUGCGCUGCUACUCCAGCAAGGCCAAGUCCUUGAAGGAGACCUUCGCCGACAACCUUCCCGCUGAGCUUGAGAAGGUCAAGAAGCUCAGAAAGGAGCACGGCAACAAGGUCAUUGGCGAGGUUACCCUUGACCAGGCCUACGGUGGUGCCCGUGGCAUCAAGGCCCUCGUUUGGGAGGGCUCUGUCCUUGACUCCGAGGAGGGUAUCCGUUUCAGAGGCCGCACCAUUCCUGAGUGCCAGGAGCUUCUCCCCAAGGCUCCCGGUGGCCAGGAGCCCCUUCCCGAAGGUCUCUUCUGGUUGUUGUUGACCGGUGAGGUUCCCUCCGAGCAGCAGGUCCGCGACCUGUCUGCCGAGUGGGCUGCUCGCUCUGAUCUCCCCAAGUUCAUUGAGGAGCUCAUCGACCGAUGCCCCAGCACUCUCCACCCCAUGGCCCAGUUCUCUCUGGCCGUGACCGCUCUUGAGCACGAGUCCGCCUUCGCCAAGGCCUACGCUAAGGGUAUCAACAAGAAGGACUACUGGAACUACACCUUCGAGGACUCCAUGGACCUCAUUGCUAAGCUGCCCACCAUUGCCGCCAAGAUCUACCGCAAUGUUUUCAAGGACGGCAAGGUUGCCGCCGUCCAGAAGGACAAGGACUACUCCUUCAACUUGGCCAACCAGCUCGGCUUCGGCGACAACAAGGACUUCGUUGAGCUGAUGCGCCUGUACCUGACCAUCCACUCCGACCACGAGGGUGGUAACGUCAGCGCCCACACUACCCACCUUGUCGGUAGUGCUCUGAGCUCGCCCAUGCUCUCUCUGUCCGCUGGUCUCAACGGAUUGGCUGGUCCUCUCCACGGAUUGGCCAACCAGGAGGUCCUUAACUGGCUCACCAAGAUGAAGACCGCCAUUGGCAACGACCUCAGCGACAAGGCCAUCACCGACUACCUGUGGUCCACCCUGAACGCCGGCCAAGUCGUUCCCGGAUACGGUCACGCUGUCCUCCGUAAGACCGACCCCCGUUACGUCUCGCAGCGCGAGUUCGCUCUCCGCAAGCUGCCCGAAGACCCCAUGUUCAAGCUGGUCAGCCAGGUCUACAAGAUCGCUCCUGGUGUCCUGACCGAGCAUGGCAAGACCAAGAACCCCUUCCCCAACGUCGACGCUCACUCUGGUGUCCUUCUGCAGUACUAUGGCCUGACUGAGGCUAACUACUACACUGUCCUGUUCGGUGUCUCCCGUGCCUUGGGUGUCCUGCCUCAGCUGAUCAUUGACCGUGCUCUUGGUGCCCCCAUCGAGCGCCCCAAGUCUUUCAGCACUGAGGCCUACGCCAAGCUCGUUGGCGCUAAGCUUUAAAACGGGUUUGAUUGAUAUGAAAUUUUGGGGGGUUGGAUUUGUUAUGAUCAAGUAGAGCAAUAUGUAUUAUUUUUCCCUUUUCCCCCCAAUAAUCAUAGACUGGGACGCGCUGCGUGUUCGGGUUUGUUCAAUUAAUGUAUGAUAGGACUUGGUUCGAGCGGGCCUUGUAACAGCACUUCCAUGUCAAACAUUUCUUUUUCACUUAAAUCCAAAUUAUCCCAUCCAUCGAGUAUCGAGUACUAUGUUUGGUGGGUUACAUCCGUCCCAACUAAAAGAUUGAUU